UGCAUUUUUGAACUUUUAAUAGCUAUUUAGUUUAGUUUAGUCUGUAGAAACGGUUUGUCAACCAAAAAACGUACCUAGCAUGACCGCUGUUUGCUCAAAAGUUUUCAAACCAUUAUGAACCAUGAGCAUGCUCCAUUUUUCGACCACUACCCUAGUCACGAGGAAGUGAACCAGUAUCUCGCAAAACUGGUGCAAAAUUAUGCAAAUAAAAUCGAAAUUUUCUCCAGUGCCCUUUCGUUCGAGGGUCGAGAAAUAUUGACCGUUCGAAUCAGCCCCGAUGUCAGGCGCAAAAAAUUCAACCGUUUGAACAUCCUGAUAGACGCAGGAAUUCACGCUCGGGAAUGGAUAACAAUAAUCGUUGCUUUGUACGUAGUUCAUCAGCUGGUCGAACGGGAUGCCAUCAACAUAAGACUGUUGCGGAACUUCGAUUGGAUAAUUUUACCUAUUCUAAAUCCCGAUGGAUACGAGUAUAGUCUAGAGCAUAACAAGAUGUGGCGAAAGACACGGCGACCCUUGGGUAAAGAUCGUUGCGUGGGAGUAGAUUGCAAUCGAAAUUUUAAUGUAUCGUGGGGAAUCGGAACGGCCCAGUUUUGUUCAUUCGUGUACAGAGGAGAAAGGCCAUUCUCGGAGCAGGAAACCAGAAACGUACGAACCAUCUUUCAAAAGUUGCGACCAAACUGUAAAUUUUACCUGUCAUUGCAUUCACAUGCCAAAGCUAUCCUUUAUCCGCGAGCGUAUUCAAGAACUCUUCCGCAAAACUGGAAACAACAACACGACCUGGCCCGAGCCGGCGCGGACGCCAUUUUCAGUGCAUGCGGGAUAAAAUAUUGCUGCAGUAGCGCGUCUGCCUUUCUGAACAACGUCGUCGGUGGAUCCAGUAUCGACUACGCACACGACAUCGAAAAGGUCCCGUUUGCUCUGGUUAUGGAAAUCGCCAGCAAAGAAUUCCAUCCGCCAACCGCAAGCAUCGCACGUAUUUGCGAGGAAAGCUGGAUUGGAAUCCAAGCGAUGGUAAUGCAGCUAGCAGUCAGUCCGAGAAUUUCUUUCACUCGCAGUAAAACGGCGAUUUAGAAUGAUAUAGUAAAACAAAACAUUCUGCUACAUACUUUUACAUCCUGUAUUUCAGUUUUGUUAGAUAUCUAGUUUACUCUUCUAUCAGAAUGUAUACAGAAUACAAAAAAUUAUCGGUCAAAGAUACAAACACCGAAUCAUAGACGCUUGUGGUCGAAAUUAUCUAUAGAAAACUAAAUCUUAUGUAAUGGAAACAAAACGGUAUUUCUGUUAAACCAACACAUUUGUCGAAUUGAAUAAAGAUCCUGUAAAAGCGCCAUACUGCAUCCUGAAGCUUUAGGUUCGUUCGCGUGCUUAGCAUUAUAGAAACAGAAACGAAACCUAAUUCCGUGAAGAGUACUAGAAUCGUACG